AUGGCGGAGGAUGCUUCGGAUAGGAUUGUUUACUUACAUGGAGACCUACAACUUAACAUUAUCGAAGCUCGCAAAUUGCCGAACAUGGAUGUAUUCACCGGCCACAUCCGCCGUUGCGUUACUUUUGAGGCUUGCCGGAAUGACAACUCCUACGCCGCAACGGCUGACACGAAGUUGCGGUCUGCUCGUCGCAAGAUUAUUACUAGUGAUCCUUACGUCAAGGUUUCGGUGCCGCAGGCAACUGUGGCGCGUACGCGCGUGUUGAAGAACUCCAAAAACCCUAAAUGGGACGAGCGUUUUAUCAUUCCUUUAGCUCACGCGCUUGCAAACUUGGAGUUCCAGGUGAAAGACGAUGAUGUGUUCGGUGCUGACCUGUUGGGGAGUGUCAAGAUUUCGGCGGAGAAGAUAGCAACCGGCGAGCUCAUUUCCGGUUGGUUCACGAUGGAGAAUUCACGUAAGAAGGAAUCGGAACUUAGGCUGGAGAUGAAGUUCAUUCCGUGUGAGAAAAAUCCUCUAUACCGGCACGGCAUUGCCGGUGAUCCGGAGCAUAAAGGCGUCCGGAACACCUAUUUUCCUUUGAGGAAAGGUUCUCACGUGACGUUAUAUCAGGAUGCUCACGUGACACCGGAAUGUAAGAUGCCUCGGAUUGAAUUAGAUGGGGAUAAAGUUUUUCAGCAAAAUUCGUGUUGGGAAGAUAUAUGUUAUGCUAUAACAGAGGCUCAUCACAUGAUAUAUAUUGUUGGUUGGUCUGUUUUCCAUAAGAUUAAACUGAUUAGAGAGCCGACUCGGCCCCUUCCCAGAGGAGGAGACUUGACGCUUGGUGAUUUGCUCAAGUAUAAAUCUGAAGAAGGGGUUCGUGUUUUGUUGUUGGUUUGGGAUGAUAAGACCUCCCACAACAAGUUGUUCAUAAAGACGACUGGAGUGAUGGCAACUCAUGAUGAAGAGACGAGGAAGUUCUUUAAGCAUUCUUCUGUCAUGUGUGUGCUAUCGCCUCGUUAUGCAAGCAGCAAGCUUAGCUUUUUUAAGCAACAGGUUGUCGGAACUGCGUUCACGCACCAUCAGAAAUGUGUGCUUGUAGAUACGCAGGCAUCCGGUAAUAAUAGAAAGGUUACUGCAUUUAUAGGUGGUCUUGAUCUCUGUGAUGGUCGUUAUGACACACCUCAGCAUAGGUUAUUUCAUGGUCUAGACACUGUUUUUAAGGACGAUGUUCACCAGCCGACAUACCCAGCAGGAACCAAGGCCCCAAGGCAGCCAUGGCAUGAUUUGCACUGCAGGAUUGAUGGUCCUGCUGCGUAUGAUGUUCUUCUGAAUUUUGAGCAGCGUUGGAGAAAAGCUACUAAGUGGAGAGAAUUUGCAAUCCUUGCCAAAACAAUGGCACACUGGCAAGAUGAUGCGUUGAUAAAGAUUGAGCGGAUCUCAUGGAUUGUCAGUCCUACUUAUCCUGUUCCAAAAAAUGGAGAUUAUACUGUGGUUCCUGACGACGAACCAUUAUUGCAUGUUUCCAGGGAAGAUCAUCCAGAUAACUGGCAUGUGCAGAUUUUUCGGUCCAUUGAUUCUGGAUCAUUGAAAGGAUUCCCCAAAACAAGUGACGUUGCUGAGGCACAGAAUCUUAUUAGUGCAAAGAGUCAGGUGAUUGACAAAAGCAUUCAGACAGCAUAUAUCCAAGCCAUCCGAUCAGCUCAACAUUUCGUUUAUAUUGAAAAUCAGUAUUUCAUUGGAUCAUCAUAUGCAUGGCCAUCAUACAAAGACGCAGGAGCUGAUAAUCUGAUCCCAAUGGAGUUGGCACUAAAAAUUGCUAGUAAGAUUAGAGCCGGAGAGAGGUUUGCAGUUUACGUUGUCAUACCAAUGUGGCCUGAGGGUGUUCCAACAACUGCUACUGUGCAAGAGAUUCUCUAUUGGCAGAGCCAGACGAUGCAAACAAUGUAUGCUGUUGUAGCACAAGAAAUUAAGGCUAUGCAGCUGGAUGCUCACCCUCAAGACUAUUUGAACUUCUAUUGCCUUGGCAAACGGGAAGAACUACCGGCAGAAAUGGUUCAAUCGGGAGAUGAGAAGGUCUCAGAUUCACAAAAGUUCCAGCGGUUUAUGAUAUAUGUGCAUGCUAAAGGAAUGAUAGUGGAUGAUGAGUAUGUAAUAAUGGGAUCUGCUAACAUUAAUCAAAGAUCUUUGGCUGGCUCAAAAGACACGGAAAUAGCCAUGGGUUCAUAUCAACCCCAUCACACUUGGGCAGCAAAGAAGCGACAUCCACAUGGACAGGUGUAUGGGUACAGAAUGUCACUGUGGGCGGAGCAGCUUGGUAUCCUAGAGAAAUGCUACGAGGAGGCAGAGUCGCUAGAGUGUGUGAGGAGGGUUAAUAAACUGGCUGAAGAUAACUGGAAAAGAUACACGGCUGACGAGUUUUCAGAAUUGCAAGGUCAUAUUAUGAGGUAUCCUUUACAGGUCGACGCUGAUGGGAACGUGGAUUCGUUGCCUGGGUACGAGACUUUUCCAGAUCUCGGAGGUAAAAUAAUCGGAGCUCACUCAACAACACUGCCGGAUAUAUUAACUACCUGAUCUGAUCUUCUUCGAACGUAUUCUUUUUUGUUCAUAUGGGUGUAAAAAGCUAUGUAUUGCUCAGUCGUAUGCAUCGAGCAAAACAUAGGCAGUGAAUAGAAUAGAUGUGCCAUUUUGUUGUAUAUUAAGCGACUAUUGUGCGAAUUGCAUGGUUACGUUUUUGUGUUCAAACUUUUCGUUUGUAAUCAGUUUACUGAUUUCAAAAUUGUCGAAUUUAUGGUGUUCAAUUUCCGACUC